GUAAGUUUGCAUUGGCUGGACUCGCUGCUUCUCCUCGAGUCCCUCCUCGUGCUGUCCUCGCCGUGCACGCGCGUGGUACCCACGGUCGUGAGGAGGAGGAGGAUGUUGCGCGCGAAGGGGAAAUGGCUGCCGAAAACAAGCCGGAAGGACUGAAGAAAAUUCGUAAUCCGGAUCGAAUGUACAGAUCAGCUGUGUGUUAUGCCGGCCAUGCUCCUCCUAAGAGUAUCAGUGAUGACACAGAGAUGAACAAUGAACAUGGACAUUUGAAAAUAUACCUGCCCAAAAAGCUGCUUGAAUGUCUACCAAAAUGCUCGUCGCUGCCAAAGGAGAGACACAGGUGGAACACCAAUGAGGAGAUUGCAGCUUACUUGAUAACAUUUGAAAAGCAUGAGGAAUGGCUAACGACGUCCCCUAAAACAAGGCCACAGAAUGGGUCGAUGAUCUUGUACAACAGGAAGAAGGUGAAGUACAGAAAGGAUGGCUACUGUUGGAAGAAGAGGAAAGAUGGGAAGACCACGCGGGAGGAUCACAUGAAGCUCAAAGUCCAGGGAGUGGAGUGUCUGUAUGGCUGUUACGUCCACUCCUCCAUCAUCCCCACUUUCCACCGCAGGUGCUACUGGCUGCUCCAGAACCCUGACAUCGUGCUCGUCCACUACUUGAAUGUGCCGGCCAUAGAGGAUUGUGGGAAGCCAUGCGGGCCAAUCCUGUGCUCCAUCAACACGGACAAGAAGGAGUGGGCCAAGUGGACCAAGGAGGAGCUGAUUGGCCAGCUCAAGCCCAUGUUUCAUGGCAUCAAGUGGACUUGCAGCAACGGGAACAGCAGCUCUGGCUUCUCAGUGGAGCAGCUGGUGCAGCAGAUUCUGGACAGCCACCAAACCAAGCCAACUCCCCGGACCCACAACUGCCUCUGCACAGGCACCCUGGGCGCAGGGAGCAGCGUGCACCACAAGUGCAACAGCGCCAAACACCGCAUCAUCUCCCCCAAGGUGGACCCCCGUGGAGGCUACAGCAGCGGUCACUCUGAGGUCCAGAACAACGACGUGUCCGAGGGCAAGACCGAGCACAGCAGCCAUGGAGGGGGAGGGAAAAGUUCCGGAGGGGGAGGGGGCAGCGCCAGGGAGAAACGCAAUGGCAAGAUUCCCAAGCCUGUUCUCCUUCACCAGAACAGCACGGAGGUGUCCUCUACCAACCAGGUGGAGGUCCCUGACACCACCCAGAACUCCCCCGUGUCCAUCAGCAGCGGGCUGAACAGCGACCCAGACAUGGCUGACAGUCCCGUGGUGACGGGCAUGGGCCACGUGGCUUCCGUCAUGUCCAGCCUGUCCCAGAGCGUAUUCAUGUCCGAGGUGACCGGGGACCCCGUCUAUAGCAUGUCCCCCAAUGGGGGCCCCAACGCCCACCUCAUGGGCCCCGACGCAGCCUCCCAGGGCCUGGUGUUGUCCGGUGUGGUGGCAGACAACCACAAGUUUGCCUUCCCCAGCGGAGGGGCUGGGGAGGGUCCCGGGGGGGCAGGGGGAGCAGAUGGGCUGUCCAUGCUGUCUGCAGCCGGUGUGUCUGAGGAGCUGGUCCUGUCCAGCAGCCUGGAUGUCGGAGGCAUGAAGAUACCUGAGACCACCAUGAACUUUGACCCUGACUGCUUCCUCAACAACCCCAAGCAGGGCCAGACCUACGGGGGCAGCAGGCUGAAGGGGGGCGGCAGCUCGUCCUCUUCCUCCUCUUCCUCCAACGGCACCAACGGCAGUAUGCAGCGCUCUCCAUCCAUGUCAGACUCUGGAUACAGCUUCAACUCUGCUCUGGUGAAGAACAUCAAGACGGAGGACAUGUCCUUCGAGCAGCAGCUGGCCACAGAGCAGGGCUAUCAGGUGGGGGCGGUGGUGAGCUGUGGAGGAGGUGGAGCUGGUUCCUCUGGGGCUGGUUCAGCACAGGGCUCCCUCGGCCUGACCCCUGCAGGCUCUCUGCUGCCCUCUGGAGGAGGCCUGAGCCCCAGCACCACCCUGGAGCAGAUGGACUUCAGUGCCAUCGAUGCCAAGCAGGAAUACUCCUCCGGGGCUGGGUCAGUGGGCUAUGGCCAGGCUAUGAACAGCCCCCACCUCUCCCACCAGAGCCACUCGCCCAGCUUCUUCCUCCAGGACACCCAGCAGCCCGGCCAGGCCCAGCAGGGCAGGUCCUCCAUGGGCCAGAAGACUCACCUGAUGGAGCACAACUCCCACGACUCCACAGCUUACAUGGGCCUGCAGGUGGUCAAGACGGAUUCCCCUGGCAUUAAUGGCCACCUCCACCACCACCACCAGAGCCACCACAGGGCCAACUGCAACGGGGGCUCCCCCACCGAGGGGCCAGGGCAGGGGCCUGGGUCUCUCCAGCUUCUGCAGUACCAGGGGGGCUUCCCUGGGCUGGGGCCAGAGCAUGAGGAGGUGGUGGGUCUGGAGCAGCCAGGCAGCGUGGGCUCAGGCCAGGCCGGGGGAACAGAGAACGGAGAGGGCCUACUGAAGCCUGGGGAUCACCUCCAGGCCUGUGGAGGAGGCAACCCAGAGGGAGGAGGGACAGAGCACUACCUGCAGCAGGCCAACGGUGGAGGAGGUCAGGGAGGCGGAGGAGGAGGAGAAGGAGUGACCAUGCAUAAUGGAAAUGGCAUCAACAAUGACGGCAGCAAUCGCUCACAGCAGCAGCUGCAGCCCCUCCUCCAGGGGGCUGGGAUGGUCCAGGGCCUCUACAACACCGUGGGGCCCCACCAGGGCCUGGGCGGAGCGGGCUCUAACGGGGGAGCAGGCGGGGGAGGCAUGGAGAUCAGCCUGGACCACUUCGACAUCUCCUUUGGAAACCAGUUCUCUGACCUCAUCAAUGACUUUAUCUCUGUGGAUGGUAGUGGAACCAACAUGGUGGCCGGGGGAGCUCUUUACAACCACCAGCUGGUGGCCAACCACGGCUCAGACGGUCAGGCCACGCCUAGCGGAGCUCCCCAGCAGGGCCAGGAGGACGGAGGGGUAGGAGGGGCCCGGGGGGCAGGAUACAGCCCCUCAGAGCUCUGUCUCCAGCCCUGCUGCAGCCCUCAGUCUCUGGGUGCCGGGGCUGGGGGUGCAGGGACGGAGUCAGGCUCUCUGGCAUACAUGGACGUGGCGGAGGUGGUGUCUGCAGCCGUGGCCCACGGGGCUCUGGGGAUGUUGCAGGCCACAGGGAGACUCUUCAUGGUCACUGACUACUCGCCCGAGUGGUCCUACCCUGAGGGAGGAGUGAAGGUGCUCAUCACUGGUCCAUGGCAGGAGGCCAGCUCUAACUACAACUGCCUGUUUGAUCAGAUAUCUGUCCCUGCCUCUCUCAUCCAGCCUGGGGUGCUGCGCUGCUACUGCCCAGCUCAUGACACUGGGCUGGUGACACUGCAGGUGACUGCCAGUAACCAGAUCAUCUCUAACUCAGUGGUGUUUGAGUACAAAGCCCGCGCUCUGCCCUCACUGCCCUCCUCACAACACGACUGGCUCUCACUGGACGAUAACCAGUUCAGAAUGUCCAUCCUGGAGCGCCUGGAGCAGAUGGAGAGACGGAUGGCAGAGAUGGCCUCCCAUCACCAGCAGAGCAGUGGAGGAGGUGCAGGGGCAGGAGGAGGAGCAGGAGCAGGUGGAGGAGGAGGUGGUGGUGGUAACAACAGCCAGACACAGUGUGUGUCAGGGCAGGGUCAGGCGGGCAGCAGCUUUGAGAGCCGUGUGGUGGUGGUGUGUGAGAAGAUGAUGAACCGGGCCUGCUGGGCCAAGUCCAAACACCUGAUCCACUCCAAGACCUUCAGGGGCAUGACCCUGCUCCACCUGGCCGCUGGGCAGGGCUACGCCACCCUCAUCCAGACACUCAUCAAGUGGCGCACCAAGCAUGCAGACAGCAUUGACCUGGAGUUGGAGGUAGACCCCCUCAAUGUGGACCACUUCUCCUGCACCCCUCUGAUGUGGGCGUGUGCCCUAGGUCACCUGGAAGCGGCAGUGGUCCUGUAUAAAUGGGACCGACGGGCCCUGGCCAUCCCUGACUCCUUGGGACGCCUGCCCCUGUCCAUCGCCCGCUCCCGCGGCCACACCAAGCUGGCCGAGUGUCUGGAGCAGCUGCAGAGAGAGGAACAGCAGCCCCCUGCACCUCUGCCCCCCACCACACGCAUGUCCUUCUCCCCCACCCCCCACGACGCUCCCACCUCAGACAGCUGGAUGGUCACAUGGGCCAGCGACGGCGUAAUGGCGCCCGGCGGGAAGAAAGGAGGCGCCACCUCGAGCAACCUCAACCCAGACUUGAGAAGGCCACGAUCCGAGCCCUCCAACUACUACAGCAGUGAGUGCCAGCGAGACCUGCCCCUGGCCAAGAAACACAAGCCCAACCCAGAGAUGUUCCAGGCCCGGCCCGACAAGGCCAUGUCUGUCCCACUGAGCCUGGAGCAGCAGCAGCUACACAAGCUGUCCUUCAGCCCCAAGAGCCUGUCCCAUGAGGGCCUCAGCCCAGACAAGAGCCUCUCCGGUGGGGGAAGUGCUGGAGAAGCUGGAGGAGCCAAGUGGCGCUCCAGGGAGGGUUUCUCCAGUGGGGGCUCAGGCAGGAAGGGCUCGGGGGGCUCUGGGGGCAGCAGCCUGGGAAAGGAGAAGCUGGCUAGCAGGCUGAGACAGAGGGAACAGCUGGGGAACAUGCUGGUGAUGGCUGAGAGAGAGAUGGUGAGCACUGAGCUGCUGUCCUACAGAGAAGAUCUGGAGAACCAGGACUGUAUGACACAGAUGAACGACCUGCAGGUGAACAUGAUGACUCUGGCAGAGCACAUCAUUGAGGCGACCCCAGAGAGGAUCAAGAGGGAGAACUUUGUGGCCCUGGACGGGGUGCCCCUGGACAGUACUGGGGUCAGCAACACCAUGAGCUGGUUGGCCAGUUACCUCGGAGACGUGGAACAGCUGCCCAGCAUUAUACAUCUACGAUCUCUGUACAGUGGACCUCUCGCUCCGUCCUCCAGCCCAGGGGGGUCUCCCCUGAGGGAGGGGUCCAUGGAGAGGCCCACCCUGCCCCCCCCGGCCGACUGGAGCGAGUUCCUCCAGGCCUCCAACAGCAAGGUGGAGAGAGACCUGGCCCAGCUCACCCUGUCCGACCCUGAGCAGAGGGAGCUGUACGAGGCCGCCCGUCUGGUCCAAACUGCUUUCCGCAAGUACAAGGGACGCCCAUUCAGAGAUCAACAGGAAGUAGCUGCGGCCGUCAUUCAGCGUUGUUACAAGAAGUACAAACAGCUUACAUGGAUAGCCUUGAAGUAUGCACUUUAUAAGAAGAUGACGCAGGCCGCCAUUCUUAUCCAGAGUAAGUUCCGCAGCUACCAUGAGCAGAAGAAGUUCCAGCAGAGCAGGCGGGCGGCCGUGCUGAUCCAGCAAUACUACCGCGGCUACAAGGAGUUUGGCAGGCUCAGGCCCCACCGCAGAGGAGCCGCCGCCGCCCUGGUGCAACAUAAACUCAGAAGUAGUCUGCUCACUAAGAGGCAGGAUCAGGCUGCCAGGAAGAUCAUGAGGUUUCUACGCCGCUGCCGCCACAGCCCCUUGAUGGACCAUAGACUGUUCAAGCGGGUGAGUGCAGCCUCAGCAACUCAAGUGAACAAAUCGAAAAGGGCCAAGGAACAUGAGAACCCUCAGAAGAGCCCCCUCACAAUGUGACAUCACUCUCCUCCUUUUCUUUCCCCCCUUUGUACCCAAGACAUUUUACAAGAGAAGAAAAUAAACAGUUCAGUGAAAACACUGCAAUUAUUAUUACGACUAUGGCAGCGUGACUGAUUCCACUUCUAUUACAUGUACAACAACAACAGCAUUUUUCACGUUUAUCUAUCGUUGUGUAUGUUGGAGAGUGGCAACUUCUUCUGUAGAAUUCUAAAGUAAAGGAGAAGAAGCUGUGGGGGGCAGAACAUUAGCUUCAUGACAUUUUUUGCACUUUUUCAUGGAUUGUUUUGUCUUUUUGGGAGUAUCGGAGUCUAGGUUUUUAGAUGGUAAAGGAAGAGGAAUGUUGGACAUGUUGAAAAGGUCCCUGCCAUCAGUGGAUCAAACCAAAAGGAUAAGAUGGAGGACACCUAGGAUGGAGGACAGACGCCGGCCAGAACAUAAGGAAACAUUACAGAAACACAUUGGGACAUGGCUCUAAUUGUAUUUCAUAAUUUUUUAAGUGAACUGAUUCAUCCAUUUGAAGGAGAAAACAUGUCAUCUAAUGAACCAAACAUUCUCGGUAAUAUAUUGAUCCAUUUGCAAACUUACUCUCCCUAUCAACAGUAGGUGAAUACAUUCAGUAUAGUAACUGAAAAUAGAUCAAGCGUCCUUCUGUUACGCUGUGUUCUACUCCGCCAGUCAGUCCGAAGGGGUGGGGCUGCAUAUGAAUGUAGGAGGGGUGAAGGAAUGGGCGGGGCUUAUUAAAAUAAUGACUUAUUUUGUUAUCUUUGUUUAGGGGGCACUGUGAGGCAAGAGAUAAAGGGAUUCAAUUGUGUGGUUUUUAAAAAAUAUAUGUUUAAUUCCUCUUUGCUUGAAUCUGUUCCGUGCUUAUACCCAUUACCGGUAUAACUGACUUGUCUCCUAAAAAUUAUGUGUUGUCUAUUUUAUCAAAUGUGCAUGCCUAUGGGUGAAAGUCUUCGCCUGCGUGCUUGAAAUUAGGUCUGUAACCUCUGUUUUUCAAUGUUUUGCGUUUGUCUUCAUGUUAAAAUGCAACAGAGUCUCCCAUGUACCCACCUACUUCCCCAAGAGUCAUUCAUACCCUCUAAUUACUGAAUGAUACCAACAUUGUCCUCUUCUUUUCUUUUUUAUUUGCCUUAUUUGUUUACUCAGUAUUCUAAAAAGAAAGAAAACUUGCCUCUUUUGUGUUGUAAUGAUAACAGUCAUGAAGGUUAUUGUUGUUCUUUUUAAAUGAACUUCAGGGCCUGUGAGGGCUUUUGAGGGGAAGAUCACAUACAUUGCCUUGACGUCUUAGAGAUUCUUUGAGGGGUCCCUAAGCUAGUCCCAAAAUAGGGGUUAGACAAAUCCAUAUUUUUGACAAUUGAGCGGUUUCUGUAUAUAAAGAAGGCUGAAGGUACGUAGGGAAAACAUUUACCCAAAGGGGAUUGUAUUUUAGAAAUAUAUUAUUUUAUUCAUUAAAAAGGGGUCAAAAACAGGUACGAGACAAAAACAGAAUAUUUGUAUAGUUUUGUUUGAAUGCCUAAGAAGUAUGGUUGUAUUGAUUGUAUAUAGUGUAAAUACCUGGGAUAAAAAUGAGCUAUGUGCAUGAAAAACAUGAACAAAGGUUUAAAAAACACUAAACAAAAGCAGUAGUGGCUAUGCUCUGUAAAAUGAUUCUAACUAUUUCACUAUAAGAGUAUUUUAUUUUAUUUUGAUUGUUCUUGAGAAGAACAUUUUGCUAAAGCAUGACAUUAUUGCGAAUACUAAAAAGUAAAAAAAAUAUAUAUAAUGUAUUUAGAGAUAGGAGAAAUCUGCAAAAUUAUCUUAAGACAAUUAUGGUUAUGUUUACAUUUUUGUUUUGGGCUACCAAGAAUCUUUUGCCAAUGGUGCCAAGUAAUGUGAAUGCUAUAUUGCUUAACAAGAGAAUUAAGUUAAUCUUAUCAGAACAGAUAAUCAUACAAUGAAAUAGACACUAGCAUUGAAGACCACAAGGUCCCAUCACGACUGGCAGUGAAUCACAGAUAGAGAUACACAUUGCAGAGGGAGAAAUAUUUCUACAGCAACUUUUAAGUCUCUCGUUUCUCAUCCAUUAUCACACGUCGGAACAACCCAAGAUUAUUUUGCCAUCAUCACCAAAUACACAGGGAUCACUUUGUCAGUAACAUUUCAAAUGCAAAAGAAAUGUGUGCUUUAUUUUAUCCGUAUAAGAGAAGCGUUGUGGUGUCAAUGUCUCUUAGCAUGUUCGUAUGGAUUGUGUUCAUAUAAAGAUUGUAAAUGGCAACCUUGUCUAUGGGAAUCUCAGCCCUGUUUUUUUAUUUUUUAUAAUUGAGGUUGAUUGAACAUGUGUUUCAUAGGACAACUCACAGGUGAUGAAAUAGACGAUAUCAACUUAUCAAACUGCUGACACAAGACAUUUGUUUUUAAGUUUGGGCUGAAGCUUAACUUUACCAAGGCUGUCAGGGUCUGGACAGACCAGAAUUAUUUAUUGUCAACAUGUAAUGUGGCCACAGUGAAUGAUGUGUAGCAUCGCUGGUAUUCUUUGUAAAAGUAAAUGAGUCAUUUACUUGCAGAAGGAACACUUUAAACAAUCGAAAGUGCUAAAAAAAAAAAGAACGGAUGGGGUUAUGGGGAAACACAUGAACCGUUAUGGAUCAUUGCAGCUAAGUCAAUGAGCCAAAGGGAGUGAUCUGUAAACGUAACAAGAUGCACCACUACUAUUAUAGCAACUUCUGAGGAAGAAUACAAUGUAUGUGUCUGGUUCAUAAUGGGAUAUGUGAGGGCAGUGUUUGAAAGAUGAUGAAAUGAAAUGUGGGAUGUGGGAACAGACCCAUUGAUACCAGUUGAUUAUACUGUAUCUAUGAAUGCAUGAUAGAGACUAUCCAAUGGUAUUCAUCCUAGUCCAUAAGUGUCUGCUGGUUCUUGCAGUUUUGCUGAAAUAUAUUAUAUUCCUAUAAGAACAUGCCAUUGGACAAUUACAUUUUGUUGUUUUAAUUGCUGAAUUUCAUCUCAGACACUGUUGGCUGUUCUGAUGUUUUUAUUUUUAUGUACCUCUGGGUUUAUUUGUCUGUAUGUUUGUGUUUAUUUCACAGAGACUUGAUAUGUAAACCUAUUUUCAGAGUGUUUAUGUAGAAAGUGCCUAAUCAUAUCCUGAUUGAUCGCACAAAGCCAAUGUCAGGAAGCAUGCAAGGUACCUAAGGAGGAAAACAUGGCUUUGGAGAUACCAAUAGCAAGUGAUCCAUCAUUCUUUAGGACUACUGUAUAUCAAGUACAUACAAUAUAUCAAUCCAAAACCAUCACCAAGAUCAGUCAGGUGGCAGUGUUCCCUUAACCCACGGAGCGCGUUCCAUCUUGUCAACAUUCUAAGUGUUUUCAUUUUCUAUUGGAACUGCCUGUUGAAACCAUGAGAAUUAGAUUCCAUAACUUCUGUGGUUUUAUUGCCUUGCAUUCAUCAUUCUGGUAGUGGUAAGAAUGCCAGCCAAUACACUGCUGUGGCCAUAUGAGAAGGUUUUAUUAUGCUUGCAUGGGUAAAAUAGUUAACUGGGUGACUGAACUGCACCCAAAGCAUGCUUAUUUUUCUAGAAUCGGUAGUCAGACUUUUAAAGACUUGCUGUUCUGUAAAACGAAGAACGUUGGUUUGACGUGUCACAGAACUCUGAAAGACGGAGGGCAUGUGAUUGGAGGGAAGAGGAGAACCCUUAAAAUACAAACUAUGAUCAAUCUGCAGUAUUUACUGACCAUAUUUCCAGGGGUAGCAUGAGGGCAAGUUUUUCUAGAAGCAAGUUUAAACUUUUUUUUAACACAUUUUAUUUUUCAUUCAUUUGGAUCUAGAGAUAGUGUGCUCUCAACUUCAAAUACCUGAACCGUUUGGACACUCUUUUGGCAGUAUACUGCAAGUAUUUUACUAGACAACAAUACACACACACACACACACACACACACACACACACACACACACACAGGAAACAGUACACUGCACUGGACACAUCCAGAUAUACAGAUAGGUAUGUCAAGGCACAGUCAGUAUCACUUGUACACAGUUCAGCAGAUGGAGCUCAUCAUGUGUUAUUUUCCUAGCCUGCUCCUAGUCCUAGGGAACGGCUGACCUCCCUUCCGUCUUUUACUCAGGGUGCCAAAAUGGGGAGGAGGAAGUGGAGCAGGACACUGAUUGGUGAUUCACUGCAGAGAGAGGACAUACUGUAUUGAAAUAGGAAGAUGCAACGCCCCUCAGCAGAGCUUUCUGGUCAACACAGGCAAAUGAUUACUAUGAUCCUGGAUACAUUGCUGUUAUCCAUUUCCUCUCAGAGAAGUAAGCUGAACUGAGGAGAGAUGUAAGGACACUAAAUCAAAAAUAGGGGAUACAAAACAUUGUAGUGUAGCUAAUUAUAAUUGAGACAAGUUGAUCACAAUUGACAGUACGGUCAAUUAUUUCUGUCUUGGCUAUAGCUCAGACAGAAAGGAGUUUGCAUUAUGGGACACUAUGGCUUAAAGUCUAAUGGGAAUGCUUAACUUUCUUUUAUAGACUAUGCUAAUGAGUAUAGUAACAUUUCAACCUUUGACCUCCUCUGACUUGAUGUUUCUCAGUAAAACAAGGACUUGCUAUAUAAAAAUAUCACACACAG